AUGGACGCUCAGAGUGCAGGGGAGGCGCUGCUUAAAAACCCGCAGUUCAUGGAGCUCUUCCAGCGAGCUCUGGGCGGGGAGAAAAACCUCCGGGACAUGCCGCCGGAGGGCGAUCCGCGCCGUGAGAAGUGGCUGCGCGACAUCCAGGCGAAGCUGCAGGAGGAGAGCCGAACUGCCAUGAAGGACAAACUCGAGCAAAUCCAAAGCGACGAGAACGGGCAGUGGAUGUACGUCCUUCCAGAGCCGGGCUUCUGCGUCAAGUGCACCACGGCCGGGGGCGGCAAGAUUUUCCUGAACGUGUGCCAGCACGAGCGCAUCGCCGAACCCAUUCCAAUUGAGGAGGACGAAAAUGCGGAGGAGAUGAAGUUUAAAAUUCCGCUGAGUUGCGGCCAGGCGCGGCCGAGCACCGACAAGAGCGGAAAAUCAUGCAAAGUGUACGACGUCAUUGUGAAUCCCUCGACGGUGCAACGCUGCUCAAAGGACCAUGAAUUCCGCUGCUUUGUCGUCUCGCUCUGUAUCCACUGGAUCAAGCAGAAGUGCGAACCCACGCUGAAUGCGGAGGAGUACAGAAACAUGAACUUCAAGGCAAAGGGCGUUUUAGAACCACAACGGAUCCGUUUAUCUGCUGUACCCAAAGCAGCGAAUGCCAUGGGGGAUGAAAUUCGUCUUCCCCAAAACAGUGGUGCGGCGCUGCCCCCAACCAACGUGGGAGGCCGCGGUGGCACAGGAAGCCUUAUACAGGAGCUGACGAACGCACCGUCAAAUACCGCCAGUGCCUCAGAGUCUGUGCCUCCGCCGCAGUUUGUGGCUACGAAGACAACGACAACGACCACGGCGUCUGCAACGACUCCAGAGGAGGAGGCAACAAUCCCUUCGCUUGUAAAGUUGGAGACUGAGGGGGUCUACGAUUGGUCAAGGCACGCGAAACCAAUGCUUAACCCUUACCUGCGGGAAAAUGUUCCCGCCGCGUAUGUGGUUGAGGUCGCUAUCCCGACAGUGGCCUCCAUCGCCGAGGUGGAGGUUCGAGUCACGGCCCGGUCGGUCGAGCUGAUUUACGUGGACGCGGAGGAUGGCGCGCCGUUUUUGAUCAUCCCGCUGGAGUUUCCCAUAGACGAAGAUGCACCCAACGCCAAGUUUGUUCGAAAGACGCACAUGCUUAAAAUGCGUCUUGCAGUGAAAAUUCCGGACGAGACGAGCGAGCUCGCCACGAAGGCGGAGCGUGACGCAGACGAAGUUGAGGAGGAAGAAAGGCGUCUGGCACGUGAGGCACGCGAAAAGGAGCUCCUAGAGCACAAAAAACGCGUCGAACGGAUGCGGGAGGAGGAUGAACAUGUUAUGAAGGAGCGGAAAAGUUAUGUGGAAAAUUUGGCGGCUGUGCAGGAGGGAACGAUGCCUCCUAGCCUUAAAGAGGAGGUGGAAAAGCUUCCGCCGGAGCAGCUCCGUGUUAUGCUGCAGCGGUUAGAAACCAAAACCCGCAAGGGGGAUUCCGUUGAUGAGAUGCUGGAAAAAUUUCCUCCGUCCAUGGUAGAUGCCAUCUGCCGUCACAUUCGUGAUAAGUUGGGGCUCGAGCAGAGGCCGCCGCCAGGUGACCCAAACAAACCGACACCAACGGUGGAUUCUGGCACAGCUGCCCCGGCGGCGGCAGUGGAGGGGGAAGCAAAGGGUGUAACUCAAGAGGGGGAAGCGGAAGAAGGACGUGUUGAGUACAACUUUGCAAAGAAGUCAGAGAAGCUGCUCGGCGUAGCGUUUCACAACCGGUACCUCUUUGCUUUGGACUGA